CUAGUUCAAUAAUCCGCCAUGGAAAUGCUUCCCUUCCUUGCUCACUUUCUCUUCUCCCUUGUUUUCCUUCUCACUUUCAAACUCCUUUUCAAGAGCAGAAAAUACAAAAACCUGCCACCAGGUCCACGUCCUCUUCCCGUAAUCGGAAACCUCAACCUCCUCGAACGACCCCUCCACCGUUUCUUACAACGCACGUCAAGAACACACGGCGACAUCUUCUCCCUCUGGUUCGGUUCCCGUCUCGCCGUCGUCGUUUCAUCACCCUCCGCGAUCCAAGAGUGCUUUACCAAAAACGACGUCGCUUUGGCGAACCGGCCUCGCUCCCUCUCGGGAAAGUACAUUUUCUACAACUACACCACCGUGGGGUCCUCCUCCUACGGCGAGCACUGGCGCAACCUCCGCCGCAUCAUCGCGCUCGACGUUCUCUCAACGCCGCGUAUCCACUCCUUCGCCGGAAUCCGAAAGGACGAAACGCAGAGGCUGUUACGUGCCCUAGCCAAGAACUCGUGCACGGAGUAUGCGCACGUGGAGCUAGGUUCAAUGUUCCAUGACAUGACGUAUAACAACAUGAUGAGGAUGAUAUCGGGGAAGAGGUACUAUGGUGACGAGAGUGAGAUGAAGGAUGUGGAAGAAGCGAAGGAGUUCAGAGAGACGGUGGAGGAGUUGCUGCAACUCGCUGGUGUUUCUAACAAGGCUGAUUAUUUGUCCUUCCUUCGCUGGUUCGAUUUUCAGAACUUUGAGAAGAGGCUCAAGAGUAUUAGUACGAGAUUCGAUACGUUCUUGGAUGCACUCAUUCUCGAGCAUCGCAGCAAGAAGGAGAGAGAAAAUACCAUGAUAGACCAUCUUCUACAUCUGCAAGCAUCGGAGCCCGAGUAUUAUACCGAUCAAAUCAUCAAAGGCCUUAUUUUGGCUAUGCUCUUUGCUGGAACAGAUUCAUCGGCUGUAACUUUAGAGUGGUCAUUAGCUAAUUUAUUGAAUCAUCCCGAGAUGUUAAAAAAAGCAAGAAAUGAAUUGGACACUCAUGUGGGGCAAGACCGUUUAGUAAAUGAGUCGGAUCUUCCAAAACUUCCUUAUCUUAGAAAGAUCAUCCUUGAGACACUUAGAUUGCAUCCUCAUGCUCCACUAGCAAUACCACAUGUGUCUUCAGAGGACAUUAAUAUCGGAGAAUUCAACAUUCCACGGAACACCAUGGUAAUUGCUAAUAUUUGGGCUAUGCAAAGAGACCCUCAAUUGUGGAAUGAAGCUGCAUGUUUUAAGCCAGAGAGGUUUGAUGACGAGAGACUAGAAAAAAAGUUGGUUGCAUUUGGGAUGGGAAGAAGGGCUUGUCCAGGAGAAACUUUGGCUAUGCAAAACAUUGGCUUAACUUUGGGAUUAUUAAUCCAAUGCUUUGAGUGGAAAAGGAUAAAUGAUGAAGAGAUUAACAUGACAGAGAAAAAUUGGUUCACUUUGUCGAGGCUAAUUCCAUUGACAGCCAUGUGUAAAAUUCGUCCACUCGUUAGCAAGAUUAUUUUGAAAUAAAAGCUUAACAGUGAUACACCGUUAGUAUAAAGAGUUUAACACAAUCAAUUAAUUGAAAAUUACAAUUUGUAUGACUUUUAAGAUAAUUAUUAUAAAAGUCAAC